UGACCAAAUGGACAUGGUGUGGUCACCUCUGGCUCUCAGCCCACGUAGUGAGUUUAUUGAAGCUUUCGAACAGCAGCUCUUCUAAGCCAAUAAAAAUCAUACAUCCUUCAAAUAUGGCCCAGUUUGUCGGAAGAUGGAAGAUGGAAUCUUAUGAUCCCAACAUCGAAGAAUUCAUGACGGCAUCCAACACUCCAGACGCCAUGAAGAGUGUUCUGAUCUCGGAGUUCGCCAAAGGAUCCACCUUCAUGUACGACUACUCCCGCACAGGGACCACCUGGAACAUGAAGACCAUCACGCCGUUUGGAGAGUUGGAGAACACGUUCCCAGAGGGACAACCCACAGCCUCAAAGCUGGUUGACGGCAGAGACGUGACUACAGUGAUCACCGUGGAUGGGAACAAGCUGGUGGAGAAAGCCACCGGGGUAGACGUCACGGUGGUGGCCGAGAGAACAGUCAGUGGAGACACCAUGACCUCAAAAUACUCUUGCAAAAUAAUGUAGUUUGGAAUUUGACCUUCAAGAAAGCAUGAUGGUCUCGUGAGAGAAGCUAAGAUAUCAUGUGACAUGGCAAUUGGAACGCUCCAUUUUCAUAUUCAAUACGUCAUUUUACGUCUUAUCACAUUAGUUAAUACACGCAUAUACAGUUAUUGUGAUUGAGUAUUAAAGAAAAAUGAAAAACCA